AUGCCAGCUUGGACUGAUUGCACGCACCGCAACCGCAGCGACUCGACCACUUACCCCGGAUUCCCUGACCCGGACAGGAGCCUCGGCUUCUGGGAAGACGAGCCCGCCGGAACUGUGGAGACCCAAGCUGGCAGGCUGGCAGGCUGGGUCACGGUCACGGAAAGCACGGACCUUCCAGCUUUUGGCGGGGGGAGAUCUCGUCACUCGUCACCCACCCAGCUUCAGUCAGGUGUCCGCACGGCCUGCCCAGCCCUGCCAGCCCGCCGUCGCCCACCCAAGCUGCUGCCAAGCCACAGCAAAGCAAAGCAGCCCACAGCGAAGCAGCACAGCAACAAGCUCGUGCCCCACCACUUAACACGGCAGGGCUUGUGGGCUGGUGAAUCGCAUCCACACCAGUUAGCGAAUUUCGCCCACAAGAAAAUUCGCGAUCUGCUGAAUCCGAUUCAACUUCACCACCUCCCACGACCAACCGCCCAACCCGCUGAACAUCGUCAAUCAGCCAACCAGUCACAAUGUCGCUUCCAGACCAAGUACAAGCGCAGAAGAUCCGGCAAGACCGACUACUACGCCCGCAAGCGCCUCAUCACCCAGGCCAAGAACAAGUACAAUGCCCCCAAGUACCGCAUGGUCGUCCGCUUCACCAACCGCGACAUCAUCACCCAGAUCGUGACCUCCGAGAUCAGCGGUGACAAGGUCUUUGCCGCCGCCUACUCGCACGAGCUGCGCGCCUACGGCAUCGAGCACGGUCUCACCAACUGGGCCGCUGCCUACUGCACUGGUCUGCUCCUCGCCCGCCGUGUCCUCAAGAAGCUCGGCCUCGACGAGGCCUUCACCGGUGUCGAGGAGGCUGAUGGCGAGUACACCCUGACCGAGGCCGCCGAGGUCGACGGUGAGGAGCGCCGCCCCUUCAAGGCCUUCCUCGAUGUCGGUCUGGCCCGCACCUCCACCGGUGCCCGUGUCUUUGGUGCCAUGAAGGGUGCCUCUGACGGUGGCAUCUUCAUCCCCCACUCCGAGAACCGAUUCCCCGGUUUCGACAUGGAGACUGAGGAGCUCGACGCCGAGACCCUGAAGAACUACAUCUUCGGUGGCCACGUCGCUGAGUACAUGGAGACUCUGGCUGACGACGAUGAGGAGCGCUUCAAGUCCCAGUUCCAGAAGUACGUCGAUGACGACGUUGAGGCCGACGGCCUUGAGGAGCUCUACACCGAGGCCCACGCCGCCAUCCGUGAGGACCCCUUCAAGAAGGUCGAGAGCGAGGGCCCCAAGAAGAGCAAGGACGAGUGGAAGGCCGAGUCCAAGAAGUACAGGACCAAGAAGCUGACCAAGGCCGAGAAGGAGGAGAGAGUCAAGGCCAAGAUUGCCGAGCUCCGCGCGGCCGAGUAA